GUAUGAGGCGGCUGCGUUUUUUGCGACCACUUAAGCCAAUAGACAACAGACGCAAAUAGAGCUCGCAUAACUAAGUGCUCUUUAGCAUAUUUUUGGGCACCCCUAGAAAUUCAAUCAAAGUGCAAACAAUUACACAAACUAAAGCAAACCAAUUAAGAAAUUGAGUAUUGAGAAACUGAGUGACUGAAAUAUAGAGCAAUUGCAAAACUGAGCGAGAAACCACAAGUGCAUAAACUAGGCAAAGUUCAUACCAUGGCCAUAGAGUUACGCUCUACGAGCACUCUAAGUGAUAGCACAACAACAGCAGCAGCAGCAGCAACAACAGCAACAACUGCAUCAACUACAACAACAACAAGUGGCUGCAACAACAACAAGAACAACAACUGCCAGCGUCGCGCCCAACAGCUGUUGAGUUGCAUCUGCAUCAAUGCGAAUCUCGUACUAUUCACAUUGAUGCUAACUCUAAGCAAAUGUUGCACAGCCACGCCCAUCGCCACCAGCGCGCCCAGCUUAUCGCAUAAUGAACAGCACCUGCUGCCGACGGCAGGUGGCGCCACACUCACUAAACAUCUCGAUGGCAAAAGCAUCCUAAGCAUGGGCUUCAAGUUCCUCAACGUAUCUGGCAAAAUCGGCACACCGCUGGGCAUAGCUCAAUCCCUUUAUGCAAAAUGCGAUGAGAAGCAAUUUCAAUGCCAAAACGGCGACUGUAUACCCAUACGAUUUGUGUGCGACGGGGAUGCCGACUGCAAGGAUCACAGCGACGAGCAGGUCGAGGAGUGCAAAUUUCGCGAGGCCACCUGCUCAUCGGACCAUUUCCGCUGCACCAAUGGCAAUUGCAUUCCAAACAAAUGGCGCUGCGAUCAGGAGAACGACUGCUCCGAUGGAUCCGAUGAGGACAAGCUGCUCUGCAGGAAUGAAUGUCCCAACAACGAGUUCAAAUGCACGACCGUUGACCAGUGUAUUCCCCGCAACUGGCUCUGCGAUGGCAGCAACGACUGUCGCGAUAAGUCCGAUGAGGCGCAAUGCAAGGCGCGCACCUGUUCGCCGGAUGAGUACAGCUGCAAGAGCGGCGAGGGCGAGUGCGUUCCUCUUGCCUGGAUGUGCGAUCAGAGCAAGGAUUGCAGCGAUGGCUCCGAUGAGCACAACUGCAACCAAACAUGCCGCUCCGAUGAGUACACCUGCGGCAAUGGGCGUUGCAUCCAGAAACGUUGGGUCUGCGAUCACGACAACGACUGUGGUGAUGGCAGCGAUGAGCGCGACUGCCCCGUCGUCCCCUGCGAUGCCGUCGCCGAGCACACCUGCCCCAAUGGCGCCUGCAUAGCCAAGCGCUGGGUCUGCGAUGGCGAUCCGGAUUGUCCGGAUGCAUCCGACGAGCGGGCCUGUGCAAAUUCCACAAAGCUGGUUACGCCCUGCUUGCCGCAUGAGUAUCAGUGCAAGGAUCGCAUUACCUGCCUGCACCACAGCUGGGUCUGCGAUGGAGACCGCGAUUGCCCCGAUGGCGACGAUGAGCACGCCUCCAGCUGCAAGAAUGUCACCUGCCGGCCGGAUCAGUUCCAGUGCAGCGACCGCAGCUGUAUUGCCGGCCAUCUCACUUGCAAUGGGCAGGCGGAUUGUGCGGAUGGCAGCGAUGAGCGCGACUGCAAACUCGCUGCUCCGCCCAAGAGCUGCAAUGCCAGCAGCCACUUUGACUGUGGAGGUAGUCAGUGCAUUCCCCUCUUGAAGGUGUGUGACAAGCGCAAGGAUUGCCCCGAUGGUGAGGAUGAGCCGGCGGGCAAGUGUGGACAAAACGAAUGCGCCGCCAAGAAUGGCGGCUGCAUGCACCGCUGUGUGGAUCAUCUGGUGGGCUACAGCUGCGACUGCCACGAGGGCUAUAAGCUCUCAGAAGAUGGGCACAGCUGUGUGGAUGUGAACGAGUGCGAACAGCCGGGCGUCUGCUCCCAGAUCUGUGUCAACGAAAUUGGCGGCUUCAAAUGUGAGUGCAAGGCAGGCUACAUGCGCGAUCCGCGCAAUCACACGCGCUGCAAGGCGACCGAAGGGCACGCCUCGCUUCUUCUCGCACGUCGCCAUGACAUACGCAAAAUUGCCCUGGAUCAUAUGGAGAUGACUUCUAUUGUGAACAAUACCAAGUCGGCGACAGCUUUGGAUUUUGUGUUCCGCACCGGCAUGAUCUUUUGGAGCGAUGUGACCACGCAGAGCAUCUACAAAGCACCGAUCGAUGAGGGCAACGAGAAGACCGUCGUCCUGAAGCAGUCAUCGGUUACCUCGGAUGGCCUGGCUGUCGACUGGAUCUACAACCACGUCUACUACACGGACACGCACAAGUGCACCAUCGAGCUGACCAACUUCGAUGGCAACAUGGGCAAGGUUUUGAUCGAGGAUGCGCUCGAUAUACCCCGCUCCAUAGCGCUCGAUCCCAUCGAGGGCUGGAUGUACUGGUCCGACUGGGGCGCCUCGCCGCGCAUUGAACGCGCCGGCAUGGAUGGUUCCCAUCGCACGACUAUCAUCAACUACGAUGUGAAGUGGCCCAAUGGAAUAACCCUGGAUUUGGUGAGGAAGCGCAUCUACUGGGUGGAUGGCAAGCUGAAUGUCAUCUCCUCGGCCAACUACGAUGGCUCACAGCGCAGACAGAUCCUUUACUCGACGGAGUAUCUGCGGCAUCCGUUCUCCAUAAGCACCUUUGAGGAUUACAUCUACUGGACCGACUGGGACAAGCAGACGGUCUUCAAGGCCAACAAAUUUACUGGGGAGGGUGUAGAACCCAUUACGGCUGUGCAUAUGCUCCAACAUCCCAUGGUCAUCCAUGUGUAUCAUCCUUAUCGCCAGCCCGAUGGCAUUAAUCACUGCCAAGCGGUUAAUGGGCACUGCUCACAUCUCUGCCUGCCGGCGCCGCGCAUCAAUGAGCGCAGUCCGCGCAUAUCCUGCGCCUGCCCAACGGGCCUUAAGCUCAUGUCCGAUGGUCUUAUGUGUGUCGAAGAUCCCAGCUUUCAAGUUAUUACCAAGCCGCCGCGAGUUCACAGAUUUAAGACCAAAACGAAAACGCUUCAGCGACUACCCAACCUUAGUGAUAAGCGUAUCCAUGUACUAACCGAAAACAAUCAGGCAAUGCCAUUAGGCAACAGCUUGCCACAAACACAGGCAGCCCUUGUUGCCGAACGGCGUCCCGUGAAGAACCAAACACACAUCGAUCAAACCACAUCGCCCAGUCCGCAGCCGGACUCGGGAUUUAUAGCGCUCGUGGUUAUAGCCAGUCUCAGUGGUUGUGCGGUGCUUCUAUCGGUGGUCCUGCUCCUUGGCUAUCGCUACUGCAGCAAACGACGCAUCAAUUCCAUGAACUUUGAGAAUCCCAUAUAUCGCAAAACCACAACUGAGGAUCAUUUCAGUUUGCGCAAGAAUCUAACUGCACGUAUCUACGAUCACACCAGCGUAAUGGAUGAGGAGUACUCACCCGUCAUAGGCAUAUCGUCGUAUUAGAGAUUUUGGGUUUACUGUAUCUGGUCUAAGUUUAGAUGCAAAAUAUAAGCCCGCAGCAGACACGCCUAAAGACUGAGCAACUCGUAUGUGUAAAUUAUUUUAAUAUUAUUUUAACAGCGGGUCAUUUUGAAAAAAAAAUAAGAAAAAGAGAGAGAGAGAAUCCUUAAAGGAUACUGUACAAAAUACGUCGCUGAGUUCUAACUUAAAACUUUAACUAAAACUAAAGCUAUAACUAAACUAACUAAAACAAGCCCUAAAGAUAAUUCACAUAGUUCCAAACUGUACAUAGAUUAAGUGUGCAUUACUUAAUUAAAAAAAAGAGGAAAAUGGAAAACUUAAGAAAAUAAUAAUAUUAUCUUUAUAAUUAGAAAGAGUUGAAACUUUAUUUCUGUUUAAAGUUCAGAUCGUUUAUUAUUAUAAUUAUCAAUAUAUAUAUAUUAUAUACUAUUGUUAAGUGUACAUAUGUUUCAAAGUCAAGACGAUUGAAUAAAUA